AAGUGUAGGGCAGGGCAUUGUGAGCCACAAGCCUGGGCUCCCACCUGGGCCAGUGGGCUUCAGUCUGUAGGUGACUACAGAAGGAGGAGGAGCUCCAUCUGUUCUCUCUUCAGGCAGUUGUUGUGUCUCUCAGCGCUUGUUGGGUUCACAACCUAUUAAAUAAGCUCGCUGGUCUUCACCCUCCCAGACAAGUCAACUCAGGGGAGGCGGCAGGGCACGGGCCUUGGCCUGCAGCCCCAGCCGGGGCUGGGGCUGGGCUGUGAGGUGGGCAGGCGAGCAGCGGGCAAGACCAUCUCUGCAUGUGCAGCAUAGCCUCGGCCUAGGGCAGCGGGAGUGUGUGGCCAAAGCUGUGAGCAGAGGCACAGGUGGUGACAGGAGUAGAGGCACCCCAUGGGAAACAUACUGACCUGUUGUGUGUGUCCCAAGGCCAGCCCCGAGUUGCACCAGCACGAGGGGUCGGUGUGUCACUGUGAGUCUGAGACCUAUGAGGCAGCAGCUGGGGACCUGAUAGCAGGAGUGCCUGUGGCUGCGGCUGUAGAGCCUGGUGAGGUGACUUUUGAAGCUGGUGAGGGCCUCCACAUGUACCACAUCUGUGAACGGGAGAUGCCUGAAGAUAUACCUUUGGAGCCCAACCCUUCUGACCAUCCAAAGGCAAGCACAAUAUUCCUGAGAAAAUCUCAAACAGAUGUACAAGAAAAAAGAAAAAGCAACUGUACAAAGCAUGUAUCUACUGAGCAUUUUACUCAACAAUACAGUUCAUGUUCGACAAUAUUCCUUGAUGACAGCACAGUCAGCCAGCCUCAUCUUACAAUGACACUAAAAUCUGUGACCUUGGCGAUAUAUUAUCAUAUCAAGAAAAGAGAUGCAGAUAGAUCUUUGGGCAUAUUUGAUGAACGGUUACACCCACUUACACGAAAAGAGGUUUUGGAGGAAUAUUUUAAGUAUGAUCCUGAACACAAAUUGAUUUUCAGAUUUGUUCAUACUCUGUUUAAAGCCAUGAGGCUAACAGCUGAAUUUGCAAUCGUAAGUUUGAUUUAUAUAGAAAGACUUGUAAGUUAUGCUAAUAUCGACAUUUGUCCAACUAACUGGAAGAGGAUUGUCUUGGGAGCCAUUCUUCUUGCCUCCAAGGUUUGGAGUGAUAUGGCUGUGUGGAAUGAGGACUACUGCAAGCUCUUUGAGAACACUACAGUUGAAGAAAUGAAUGAGUUGGAAAGGAAAUUCUUGAAGCUAAUUAAUUAUAAUGUCAACGUUACUAGCAGUGUUUAUAGCAGAUUCUACUUCGAUCUUCGCACCUUGGCACACAACAACGGCCUGUAUUCACCAGUUUAUCUUCUUGACAGAGAAAGAGCAUGGAAGCUGGAGGCUUUUUCAAGGAUGGAACAAGACAGAGUUUUCUAUAGUGCUGCCAAGAAUGGGUCUUUGAGUGCUGAUGAUUUAAUUCAUCUUCAGCGUGCUAAGGCUAUCCUCUCCUGAAGGAAGAAAUGAGGAGUAAUGUAACAUCUGAACUCCUCAUCAAAAAAGACAGGAAAAUACGAACUCUCCUGCUAAAGAACUAGAAAAGUUGGUAUUUUCAAAAGAAGAAACACCUCAAUUCAAGUUAACUCAAGGACAACUAAGAUUGUACUUCGUAGUAAAGAAUGGGACCUUGUCAGGGCAACAACACACUCUUACACUCUUCUGUCCUGUUUAAUGUAAACAGAGUUAUAAAAACCACUCCAAAGUGAAGACUCCUGCCCACACACACAUAUUUGCUUAGUGUGUGGGCUGAUAGCUGUAAACUAUAUAAGGCUUUUAAAACAAUAGUUUAACUUUUUAGAUUUUAAAGAUAACUUUUCUGUUUCUUUUAUGUUUUUUUCUUUUUCCCAAUAUUCCUGCAUAUGCAUUUGGAAUCAGUGCAGUAUCACCGUUAAAACACGGGAGUCUAACAACUCCUAAAGCCACUAGGAGCAGUCCCAGCAUUGUCAGGUAUGGAAGGGCUCUUCCUUCCUACUUUUACCAUGGAAGCUACAGUUACUGGCAAUCAUCAAGCAAAAGCUGCCAAAUAACAUUUGCCAUUCAUAUCCUUUGUAAGCCCUUCUUAUUAGCAGUUUAGCAUGUUUGGGGGUCAUAAAAAGAGAAAGUAUUGGUUAUUGAUUAUCUACUUUUAUGAAGCUCUAUGGUGUAUUUCUUAUGAACUAUAAUGGUUCUCAUUUGCUGGUAAAUUUUCUUAUAGUUAAGUAAAUGUAUUCAAAGAUGUUUUCAUAGUGCCAAGCAACAUGGUGAUCCAGUGGUUAUAUAAAAAUAAUAAAAUACAAGGUGUCCUGAAAGUUUCAGGGCAGUUUUUAGCUUUAAUAUAGUGUGCCUGGGCCCCCCAGAGGACUGCAGCAUAUGUAUACAUGCUGUAAAUCUUUACAAAAUAUCAUUUGAAAGUAU